AUUUUCUUUACCUUUUUCCUGAUUUUUAGUUAUUUCUCCAAAGAAGCCUCGCUGAAAGCCGUCCUCAACCACCUCAUUCGUUCGUUAAUGUCACAUUUGUCUAGUCGCAGUGAAGAGCACCGACAACAUGGCAAGUUGUGUAUCGAGGAAAUUACAAAAUAUAUUGGUAAUUUGCUUGAUAAAUUAUUUUCAAAAUUGGGAUUCUGCUUAUCCAAUAACACGGCUCUUCUAACAUCGUUUGCGGCAGCGACGAAACAAGCAAAUGUUAAACAGAAACCGUUUAUGCUCAGUACACUGAGCAAACUGAACGAGAUGGUAUAUCCGAACAAGCCACGACAAGUGGAGAUGACCGGUCUGUCUGUCUUGUGGGAAUUAUUACGAUCACCGGCGCAAUAUCGUGGCGAUUCGGAAGUACGCAGUGCAGUGAAAAGUUAUGCACGUGUAUUGGCGCAAUGUUUCGGUGAAAAAACUAUCAUGGAUUUGUCGGCAUCACAUAUUAGUCCAAGCCAAAAACAAGCUCUAAAAGGACUGAUUUCCUGA